AUGAACAUUCAUAUGCUGCAGCGCAAUAUAUACUGCACCAACAUCAUUGGGCUGUCGCAACUAGGGUGUAACACGUUUACGCUUUGCUGUUCGAAACGGGAUCAGUGCGCAAGAAGACUCCAAGCCGAGCGCGAAAGACGAGAGUCCAACACAGACCAAUCAUCAAAAAUCGUCCAGCGUCGCAACUUCAACACUUUCACUUCAAACCUCGUCGUCGGUCACCACGCACUGCAUUUGGACUCGAGCUUGAGCUCUCAGCGAACACUUCAUCAUCAUUGCCUUCACCGUCUCGCAUCUGGUAUCGACAAGUUCUCAGCAUUGGUCGCGAUCAUGACGUCGCUCAUCGCCAUCGUCGACCUCAAGGGGAAAUCCCUCAUCCAGCGCUCCUACCGCGAUGACAUCUCGCCCUCCGCCGUCGAAAAGUUCCUGCCGCUCCUGCUCGAUCUCGAAGAGGAAGCUGGCGGAAGCUCCGUCAGCCCGUGCUUCUCCUCCGAAGGCGUCAACUACAUGUUCAUCCGACACAACAACCUCUACCUCCUCGCGCUCUCACGGCGCAACUCCAACGCCGCCGAAGUGCUCAUCUUCCUGCACAAACUAGCCUCCGUCCUCGAAGAAUACUUCAAGGAGCUCGAAGAAGAGUCCAUCCGAGACAACUUUGUCAUCAUCUACGAACUGCUCGACGAGAUGAUGGACUUCGGCUAUCCGCAGACGACCGAGUCCAAGAUCUUGCAGGAGUACAUCACGCAGGAGUCGCACAAGCUCGAGGUGCAGGUACGACCUCCGAUGGCGGUGACCAACGCGGUGAGCUGGAGGUCCGAGGGGAUCAGGUACAGGAAGAACGAGGUGUUUUUGGAUGUGGUCGAGUCAGUCAACCUGUUGGUGAGUGCGAACGGGAAUGUGGUGAGGAGCGAGAUUUUGGGCGCGGUCAAGAUGAAGUGCUACCUGUCGGGGAUGCCUGAGUUGCGAUUGGGGUUGAACGACAAGGUGAUGUUCGAGAACACGGGCAGGGCUGCGAGGGGCAAGGCGAUCGAGAUGGAGGAUGUCAAGUUUCACCAGUGCGUCAGGUUGUCGAGGUUCGAGAACGAUAGGACCAUCUCGUUCAUCCCGCCGGAUGGAGAGUUUGAGCUGAUGAGCUAUCGGCUCAGCACGCAGGUGAAGCCGUUGAUCUGGGCAGAGGCGAUCGUCGAGCGACACGAGGGAAGCAGGAUAGAGUUCAUGGUCAAGGUCAAGGCGCAGUUCAAGAGGAGGUCCACAGCCAACAAUGUCGAGAUUCACAUCCCUGUCCCGGACGACGCCGAUACGCCCAAGUUCAGAGCCGCAACGGGAUCGGUCGUCUACGCACCCGAAAAAUCCGCCAUGGUGUGGAAGAUCAAACAGCUCGGCGGAGGGAAAGAGUUCCUGAUGCGCGCGCACUUUGGCCUGCCCAGCGUCAAGAGCGAAGAGACCGUGGAUCGACGCACCCCCAUCAGCAUCAAGUUCGAGAUCCCCUACUUCACCGUCUCGGGCAUCCAGGUGCGAUACCUCAAGAUUGUCGAAAAGUCGGGCUACCAGGCUCUGCCUUGGGUUCGAUACAUCACGCAGCAUGGAGAGUACGAUCUUCGUACGCAGAGCGAAAAGCCUUCGGCUAGGUUGGCGCCGUUUUCGGCUUAG